AUGCCGGUCCUUUCCACAGUCAUACUUGCAUGGUGCUGCCUCUCUGCCGGCGCGACAGAACCGGCAAGUGGUGCAGAGCCAGUGUCAGAGGAGGGGGAGCUUGUCUUCGACCCAGCGAAUCACUCGAUGGCUUGGGCAAACUUUAUCUCCUGCUACUACGGCGUGGUCUGCAACGGCAGCGUCGUCCUCGAGGAGGGUCGUCCGGUCUGUGAAGGAAGCCUACAAUGUAUGAAUGCGGGAGGGCAAGUGCCAGAGAGCAGCAUCCCUUCCAUCCAGGCGCAAGUCCACACGGAAAUUCGCGACGCCUCGAGGACGAGCUCGGCGCAGUCGAGCCUCCUGGUGUGCCACCAUGGCUCGUACUGCCGCGGAAAUUGGGGCUGGAACAGGGGACGGCGGGAGUGCGCCGGAGGCCUCCGAUGCCAGAGCCCCGCGGACAGCAAACCGAAGUCCCAGCUGCGUGGUGCCACGAAGUCAGCACCUCACGGCCCAGGGGCCGCUGGAGCGACAGGAGGAAAAGUCACCGUCAUGCAGGAUGAGAACAGCACAGCGCAGGCAGUGGGAAACUUCCUGCUGUGCUGGUACGGCUCCCAUUGCCCCAGCUCGCCCAGGAAUCAGGGCCUUGGCUCCGAGGUAUGCACAGAGGGCUCGGAAUGCUUGGGUGUCACAAGUGAGCCCUUUAACUCCAGCGCCCGUACCAGCAACGAGACUCGCCACACCUAUCCGGGCGUGAGCCUCCUCUCCUGUCGCUUUGGAACGGUCUGCCGCGGCACAUGGUCCACGACCAAUGGCAUCCGCAAAUGCCAGGGGACACUUGCAUGCCGAGGCGUGCUGUGGUAUGCCGCGGUGGCCGAAGUGCCUCUGGAGGAAGGUGGACUGCGCGACACGCUCGCGGAGGCCACUUUAGAGUUUGCCCAGGCGCCAAGCUACCAACUGGCUUGCUUGACGCAAGCUGCUGCAAAGCUGCAGCUUAGGGCCCCACGCCUUCUGGGCUCGGCCGCCGCCGCGGCGCGCAGCCGCGCGGAGGCCGCCGCGCUGAGCGCGCAGGACUGCGCCUUGGUCGCCCGAGGCCUCGACGCCCUUGGUCUUGUCGAGGCACCGGUCUUGGCUGCCCUGAGCACGAACUUCCUCCGCACCGCCGCGCGGCCGCUAGGUGGCGAGGACACCGGACGUGACUGGUCAGACAUGGCCGAAUGUCUUCUGGCCUCGUCCCACGCGCCUGGCACGGCUGAGCAUGAGCUCUUAGCCGCCUACCAGGAUGCGGUCAUCGCGCCGUUGAUCAAGCACCUGCGAGCCAUCGUCUCCAGCAAGGGCACAGGAGAGCGUGCCCUGCGGUCGCUGGAGCGCUUUGCGGCUGCCCUGGCGCUGCCCGGCCUAGGGCCCCGGCAGUCGGAACUCGUUCUAGAGGGCGCCGGCCUUGCCACAGUGGAGGACGGCGCGGUCUGGGAGGAAGCCCGCAAGGCUGCUGCCGCCCGGCGUUGGGCCCAAGCUACCAGGCACCUGGCGUGGCUGCAGGUGGACGUUCAACUGAGGCUCCCAGAGGCUGAGGAACGACUCCAAGAACCGGGACGUCUCGUCGCCGCUGGUCGCGCGGGUGUGGCAGAGCAGAGGCCCCGAUCCCUGCGGCCGCUGGCCUUGCCAGGAGUCUCGGCAGCCGGCCGCCACGCAGACCACCAGGCACUGUUGGCUCUGGACGCGGCCCUCGACGUGGCCGCAGGGCGGCUGCGGCGGCGCUCCCGGAGCAAAGGCAACCCAGAGGUCUCAGGCACGGUGCACCUGUACGUCUUCGGGUCAUCGCCUUGCCUCUCCUUCUUUGCAGCCCUGGCGCAGCUGCGGAGGCGCUACCCGAACUUGGUUGCGACUGUCGGAUUUGAUACGGAUGGCUUGUGCAGGCUCUAG